AUGAGCGCAAGAGAGAUGGUGGAGGAACUGAUGAGCAUCAAGGAGCUUUACAACGAUGCUAGGUCAUGUCCAAAAUGCAGAAUGACCAUCAGCAAAACCGAAGGUUGCAACAAGGUGGUGUGCAUCAGUUGUGGUCAGGCAUUCUGUUUCCUCUGUGGUAAGGCUAUCAUCACUGGCUAUGCCCAUUUCAGUAGGAACUGUGACCUCUUUGCGGAGAAGGAAAAGGACACGAUGGACUGGCGGAAGCGCCUGGAACAACUCGAAACCGGAAACCGCAUGCGAGUUCAAAGCCAGCCGGUAGGCAGCACCGUGAAAUGCCCGAAAUGCCGUCAAAAGAUUUACAAGGGCGACGAUAAGUAUAUUUUCUGCUGGGUGUGCCAAGCCACCUAUUGCACGAUGUGCAGAAAGCAGGUCCAGUUUACCGGGAUGCAGAGCGAGCACUGGGGUUCACCGCAAUGCGUGGGGAUAAAGUUCUAG